AGUUAGGUGCAUAACACCGAUUCCUUGUUAUAAAAUCGAUUGUUAUGUUUACGUAUGUUUAGACCUUAGCAACGCUGUUGUAUCUAUAGGUUAGCUUUGGUUACACAUUUACUUCAAGGUCUCAUACAGUUUUUUACUGAAUAUUCCACUGUUACUGUUAGAAAUUUUCAAAAAGUGCAAGUUACAACGCCAUGGAGGAAGAGAAAAGUAAAGAGGAGAUAGAAGAUUGGAAAAUAUACGAAAUGUUACGAAGCAAAAGUCCAACUCAGAUGGAAGCAGACAUAGAUAAUGACGUUGUGACAACUUUGAGAAGUGAUUUAGCUGGACUACAGUAUAAACGCGAUAAAUUAAUUUCUGAAAAUAGCGAUUUGAAGAACCAAAUGUUGUCCAGAGAUCAAAGAAUCCUAGAGCAGCAAGUCGAGAUUGAUCAUUUGCGUGAACAAAAUGCGCGACAAAAUGCAAUUAUAUCGUCUCUCAAGAAAAAGAUACAAGAUCUGGAAGAGUUUCAACGUAACUUACAAGCUUCGCAAGGUAGAAGCGAAUUGACAGUACAAACAUUGCAAAGGGAUAAUCGUUAUUGUGAAGAGAAAAUCAAAGAUUUGGAAAAGAAAUUAAGAUCUUUAGAAUUGGAAUGUCACAACGAGGAACAACAGAAAGAAAAUGCUCGUUGUCAGUUUCACGACCUGGUCAGAAGACUGUCAGUUGCGCUGGAUGCAGAUUUCUGCGAUACAGCACACACGCACUCGCCGGAGAGCCUUAUAAUCAAAGCUGCUGAACUUGUUCAGGAAAUAACAAGACUGAAAAAUAAAUGUAUGAACACAACAGAAAACUUGUCGACGAUUGAACAAGAUCUCAGGAGUUGCAGAGAUUGUUUAGAAAGAACGAAUGCUGAUAAAGAUAUUUUACAAAGACAGCUUUCUUCCCAGUUGCUCGAUAUUGAAAGACUAAAACAAGAAAAAGAAUCACUCUCAGUUUCUAAUAGGGUCUUGGAAAGAGAGUUGCAUGAAGCAAGAGAAAAACUAUCACAUUGUACGAAAAACCUAAAUGUUGUUACUGAUAACGUCAAUCAAAAUGAAUCUAUGAUUAUUCAACUGAAAGAAGACUUAAGGCAUCGGGAUGAAAAAUACCAAAGACUGCAGACAGAUUUUCGAAACACAAUGGAAUCAAUUGCGAUAUUACUUAGUCUGCCGACACGUUUUGUAGAAGCACAUGAAAGCACUAUCAAAGACCGAAUACGAGAACUUUUAAGUGAUAAUAAGGAUAAAUCAGUGCAAUUGGAAGCUUUACGCGAAAAGUUAGGAAUGGAAUCCCAGCAACUCGGGAGGACGGCGCAUCUGCAUGACCAAGCCACGACUCGUGUCCGCAUACUGGAAGAUGAAAGGAACAUGCUGGAAGGAAAAGUUCAUAAACUGGAAGCAGAGCUCAACUCAAUAGAAAUAUCACGAGAUAAUCUUCGGAAAGACAAGGCUAAUUUCGUAGCGUUCCUAGAGAGACUGAGCCGUACUCUUAACAUGGAUGAGUUGACUCAAGACAUAGGCAUAGAACUCCACACUGACUCCAUCAUACACCGCGCCGAGCAGCUCGCGAGACUUGAGAGCGAUAAAAUUGUUGACAAGCUGCUAUAUUAUGGAUACUAUGGGACCCUCCCGCGGCUGCGAAGGGAACGGUCUUUCCAUGAUUUGCCUUAUCUCAAAGAAACUGCUGUCGUGUAUCAACUGCAACGCCGUAUACGUAUACUGAGAGAGCAGCUGCAGAGGAAAGACUUACAUUUAGACUUGCUUCGAAGAAAAUUAAGCGUUCAGGAUGAAAGUUCCCGAGUGCGGGCCGUUCUUCAAGCGGAGCGCGACGAAGCCGUGGCCCGCAGCAAGAAGCUGGCGCGACAGUGCGACAAGCUGAGCGUGCAGCUGAGCGAAGCGCGCGCGCAAGUACGAGAUCUCAACGCGCAACUCGCCGAUGCCGCCGAAUACAAGAUAACAUCACUCGAGCGUGCGCGCAAAAUUGAAGAGCUACAAAAGAAACUAGACGAAGCGGAACUGCUUCGUUCGCGCUACAACCGCAAAGUGAACGUUCUGAAGGAUCAAGUGAGAGCCACCGGGGAGACCUUCGAGCAAGAAAGGACCAGCACUGAACACCAGAUCACGAUGCUCAGAGACGACCUCGCAAGAACAAAGGAGGCCCUCGCUGAGUGCCAAAGGAGGGAAGCCCAAUUGCUCAGCUUUAGGAGCUCGAUCGCCAAACUGCUCGGUAUAUUAGUGCCGUCAUCUGUAUCGGACUUUGAGAUGGUAUCGAGGCUACAGAAGCUGAUCGAUGCGCAUCACGACUUUACCGUAGUUUCGCGACGAUACGAUGAUCCUGCAUUGCUACGAGCUUCGUCCAGAUCUCCACCACCUUCCAGAUGCAGAACUCGGACACCUGAUCGGUCCCUGCGUUACGAUGACUCCGGAUACGCAGACCCCGCGUUCGACCUCGAGGACGAUCUGUACAAGGGGCGUGCGGCAUUGUGACAGUCGCGUCGCCGCGCCCGCUUCUAGCCGCCACCCGGAUAGGCUCGGCGACACCUAAACCCACACCAACCUUCAAGGCGGAUACAUGACUACGCAGAGUUUGAUGGAGAAAAAAAAAACACAAACUUACUUAGUCAAUGUAAUACGCAAUCAUCGAAGUGGCAUCGUUGGCAAUUCUUCUAACAGUAUUAUAUUUAGUUAAUAAAAUGUAUUAGAUUAAUACCAUUAUAGUAAUAAUAUGCGUAGAUACUCAUAGAUUGUAAUCAUCCAAUCUAAAUUAGGAACACACUCGUAGAUAAUUAUCAAUACUAAUCAUACAUAUCACUUAUUUUAAGUAAGUACUCUUAGUCUUUUAAAUGGUAACUUAAUGUAAAAUAUUAUAGUUUUUAUUGUAUUUUAACAAAUAAUCAGUGUCGAGUAAUGUUUAUUUAGAUCAUUGUAAAAUGUUAAAAAAUCAAGGUGAAUUAGUGAUUUGUUGCAAAUAAAUUUCUAUUGCGUGUUUCAAUCAUACUUGUAAGUGUUUAGAUUAACUUGGAUAUUUUACUAGAUCACGAAAAUACAGUAAACUAACGCACUUACUUUCUUUUAACGAUAACUGUAAGAUGUUAUUACCGCAUUAAACCAACUAAUUUUUAAUAAUAGUAAUAUGAUCCCGACAUAAUUUUUCGAGCAAGGCGGCCAAUCUCAUGUUGAGAUUAACCGUAUACGCAGGAGAUAUUAAAGUGCAAAAGUGUGUGCGCCAACACAGGUGCACUCUCUAUUCACUCACUAUCCUAGUCAAAUGGGACGGCAGACCGACACAACCGGUGAGAUAUCAGGCGCAAGACCGACGGCUUUAAGUGCUAUCUGAGGCACGGGGGUGUACUAUCACCGCCAACUUCCCAACUCCAGGCUGCCAUUAAACUUUUUCUUGUAAGAAAAAUCUCAAUAACGUAUUUUUUGUUAGUUUGACCCGGGAUUGGAACCCAGGACCUCAUUGUCCGUAGCCGAACCAGAUUUCCACGGGACCAAUGACGCCAAUGAGUUAGUUAUUUUCAGUUAUUAGUUAUACUCAUUUUAUUACCUUUAACAAAAUUAUCAUAUUUUAAAUUAUUUUUAGUGUAUUAUGUUUUAUGUGUUUUGUGUAUCUAUACUGUUGUUUUACAUGUCGUUUACUGAUUGCGAGCUUUACAUCGAAAUGUUAAAAAAUAAUAUUUACAUAUAAAUAAAUAAAUAAAUAAAUCAUCAUUAAUAAUAAUCAGCCUAUUUGAAUGUUACAGUACAGCCCCUGUAGCUAAGUAGCACGUCGAUUCUCUUUCUACGAUAGCAAACGCUUCGAAAACUAGAAAAAUGUAUGUAUGUUACACAGCUGAAUUCACCACUCGCGACGGCUACCUGAGAAUUAAAAAAAAAAUUGAAGCAUCAAUAGCUCAGUGGUGAAGGAGCCGGAUUCAUCACCGUGGUUCGAUCCCCGCGCUAGUCUGUUAUAGUACCCACUCCUAGCACGGUCUUUUCCGACUAAUUGGAGGGUAACGGGAAUAUUGGGCAUAUUUAAAAAAAAAUAACUAUGGCAAAUAUACUUUAUAAAAAAUAUUACAUAGGUGCGAACGCCCUAGGUACAAUUCGUUUCAUGUAGGAUGGUGCGCGUGGCAGUUCGUUCCACUCUGGAAAGUUUGCCGCGAUUCAUGAUAAUAGUAUACGUAUUAUGACUGUCACCGUACCCAUGCUAUCUGAAAAACAUUUUAGCACUCAUUUCGACUUUUUGUUCACUUUAUUAUAAUGGCUGUUUUACUGUUAGUUACCUAUAAGUUUAAAUGAAAAUUAUGUAAUUAAAAUAGUGAUUGUUAUUAUUAUUAUAAAAUCUUAAUCAAAUAAAUAAAAUUGUGGUGGUGUGUCUGUGAUUUCAUAACUACUGAGUUUUCUCAAGUAGGCAUACGAAAACACAAACAAACUUUCUAUUUGUCCAGAUCCGGAAAUAUCUCUAUACCGAUUUUAAUGGGACUUCCUCUGGAAGAUAAAGGAGGUUAUUGAGCAAUAUUAUUUAAAUUACAAUAAAGAAAAAAAUCUCGUGGUUCAGGGUUUCCAUGCGGACGAAAUCGCUGGCGUCCGCCAGUUUAAAUUGAAAAAUAUCGACCGAAAAAACGUUAAAAAGGUUAAAAAAACCUGAUGAAUCCAUGUUUAAAGAAACGUUUAUUAGGAGUAGAAAUAACUUCGCAAUAAAAGAAGUACAAAUUCGGUAAGAAUUUUUUUGAAUCCACACUUGACUUAAUUUCAUCUGCAAUCUACAACAAAUGAGAUGGUCCAUUUCAGGUCCAUUCUUGUACCCCGUACCAUUAAAAUUUAAAAAAUACAAGGAAUUUAUUAAAAUGUAUUAAAGUGAAUAAAUCUAACUAAAUAAAAAGAAAUAAAUGAAAUUAAAACCCAAGUAUCUUAUCACCAUAUAUCUUCCUUUAUUUCCGCCAGGGUACAAUGACUGGACCUGGGCUCCAUACAAUUUUGGACCAUCUACUUUACGUAAAAUGUACGCAAUUCGAAUCUAUCUAUAUCUCAUAGGAAUUAAUUUCGGGUAUUACUAUUAUUAUCAUAAUCUAAGUAUUUCAGUUACUAAUAAAAAAUCUAUAAUAUAGUAUUUCGAAGACAUGUACCUAACCAGAAAAAUAAUACACCGUAAAAAGUUUGUAGUCACUAAAUUGAAUAAACAAUCGUAAACA